AUGUCUGCUGCCGAAGCUACCGAGCCCAAGGUCGAGGAGACCAAGCCCGCCGAGACCACCGGCGAGGCCGAGAAGCCUGUGACCUCCUCCGCCGUUUUCUCCAUGUUCGGAGGCGGCGCCAAGAAGGAGAAGAAGGAAGACGAGGAGCGUGGCGACAACUCUGGCAGUGCCAAGGCCCAGCGUGAAGCUGCCGCCGCCGAGAAGAAGGAGGGCGGUGAGGCCGACGAAGAAGCCCCCGAGUCCGAGGACGUCCACUUCGAGCCCGUCAUCAAGCUGACGGAGAAGGUUGACGUCCAGACCAACGAGGAGGCUGAGGAGCAGCUCUUCAAGAUGCGCGCCAAGCUGUUCAAGUUCGUUAAGGAGACGACUGAGUGGAAGGAGCGUGGCACCGGUGACGUCCGUCUGCUGAAGCACAAGGAAAACGGCAAGACCCGUCUCGUCAUGCGUCGUGACAAGACCCUCAAGGUCUGCGCCAACCACUACAUCGUCCCCGAGAUGAAGCUUUCCCCCAACGUCGGCUCUGACCGCAGCUGGGUGUGGAACGCCGCCGCCGAUGUCAGUGAGGGUGAGGCCGAGGCCGUUACCCUGGCCAUUCGCUUUGCCAACUCCGAGAACGCCAACCUUUUCAAGGAUGCUUUCCUCAAGGCUCAGAAGGACAACGAGGAGCUCUUCAAGGCUGCUGAGAGCGCAUCUGCCCCGGCUGUGGAGUAA